AGAAAGAGGAGGAGUAAAGCAGGCCCUCUCGACGUCGGCCUGCGGGGAGCGAUGCCGACAAGCAGGAGCGGUCCCGGCUUCGGAAAGGGCCCACCCUCAGGAAUGGUCCGGCCAGGCCUAGCGAGGAUGUCCCUACCGCGAUGCUGGUUCCGUUUCCCAGGAUGGGCAGGCGCGGAAGCGAGGCGGCGAAGAGCGAUAGUUUCGCGGCGUUUGCCCAGCCUCAGCCCCUGGGAUGCGGGUGAGAGACAUGGAGGACUGGUCAGACUUUGCGCGUCCCUGGGGCCGCUCACACAGCACAAAAGGCUCCCAGCCGGCUUCCCGCAAUGUCCUCACCUGUGCCUGGCAGCCGACCCCCACCUGGACCCGCAGCGCCGCCAGGAGAAGUCCUGCGCAGCGCUGGGAAACGACAAGAGACAGCAGACCGAUAGGCAGCGACAGCGACAGCAACAGCCCCACUGCCGCCGGGGAAUUCCAGGUUGCCGAGGAGCCCAAGUAGAAGAAAUAUGGAGUUUAGAGCCUGAGAAUUUUGAAAAAUUAAAGCCAGUUCAUGGGUUAAUUUUUCUUUUCAAGUGGCAGCCAGGAGAAGAACCAGCAGGCUCUGUGGUUCAGGACUCCCGACUUGACACGAUAUUUUUUGCUAAGCAGGUAAUUAAUAAUGCUUGUGCUACUCAAGCCAUAGUGAGUGUGUUACUGAACUGUACCCACCAGGAUGUCCAUUUAGGCGAGACAUUAUCAGAGUUUAAAGAAUUUUCACAAAGUUUUGAUGCAGCUAUGAAAGGCUUGGCACUGAGCAAUUCAGAUGUGAUUCGACAAGUACACAACAGUUUCGCCAGACAGCAAAUGUUUGAAUUUGAUACGAAGACAUCAGCAAAAGAAGAAGAUGCUUUUCAUUUUGUCAGUUAUGUUCCUGUUAAUGGAAGACUGUAUGAAUUAGAUGGAUUAAGAGAAGGACCGAUUGAUUUAGGUGCAUGCAAUCAAGAUGAUUGGAUCAGUGCAGUAAGGCCUGUCAUAGAAAAAAGGAUACAAAAAGACGGGUUUUCACCAUGUUGCCCAGGCUGGUCUCAGACUCCUGAGCUCAAGCCAUCCGCAUGCCUCGACCUCCCAAAGUGGUACAGUGAAGGUGAAAUUCGAUUUAAUUUAAUGGCCAUUGUGUCUGACAGAAAAAUGAUAUAUGAACAGAAGAUAGCAGAGUUACAACGACAACUUGCAGAGGAGGAACCCAUGGAUACAGAUCAAGGUAAUAGUAUGUUAAGUGCUAUUCAGUCAGAAGUUGCCAAAAAUCAGAUGCUUAUUGAAGAAGAAGUACAGAAAUUAAAAAGAUACAAGAUUGAGAAUAUCAGAAGGAAGCAUAAUUAUCUGCCUUUCAUUAUGGAAUUGUUAAAGACUUUAGCAGAACACCAGCAGUUAAUACCACUAGUAGAAAAGUUUGAGAAACACUUUGAGAAGACACUACUAGGCAAAUAAAAUUUUGGACCAUUAACUUAAAGACGAGAAUACAUGGCAAAAGAAAAACAGAACGCAAAGAAAGCUCAGGAAACCAAAUGAAGAGGAUGUUUUGGGAUGUGUACACAUUUCUGCUUCUGCACAUAUUUUCAUGGAAUCAUUAUGUAUAAAGAACUUUGAGCAACAUCCUAAUUGGCUCAGUGCACGUUUGGCGGUAGUGCCAGCCUGUCUUGUCUUUAAUGCAUGGAUUCAUAAACUUCUUCCCUACCUGCAUCAUGUGCAUGUAGUGCAUAUUAAAUGAAAGUGAUAUUAAGAGUGCUUGCCCAAAUUCCAUUAUUUGACAUUGAAUCUGAGAACUGUUAGUUUUCUGGAUGUGUAACUACCAUAUGAACCUAGAAAAUGCACAAAUGAUACUCCUUAUCUGUAAUUUAAAUACUUAAAAUUUGCAAUUGUCAGAUCUUAAUGAAACUGGAUGUCUUAUUUCUUCUCAUCAUUAAUGGAAAAAAAAUCAGUAUUUCUAUCUUUGAUAUCUGAGUGUUUUGAGGAUUUUAAAACUGAAUUUUAUCUGCUAUACCAGUUAUUUGAAAAAGUAUGAUUUAAAUGUAAAUCAUUUAAAAAGGACAAAAGUAUAAUUUCCAGUGAUUUUCACUGCUGUCAGUAGAAAAGUAAUAAACAUCUGAGUUUUAUUUUAGUAAUUUUUCUUCAAGUGUUUGGGGUUAUUUGUUUAUGUAGUAGAGAAUUGUUUCAGGAAGGUCUUGAGUAUUACGCUUCAAAGCAAAAUUUCAGGUUAAGAAGAAAUUGUAAAUCUUAAAGAAUGUUGGUGUUACUCUCAAUGGAAUACUUUUUCAAGCUCAUAAGCUGUAUAUAAAAAAAUUGGAGGUUUGACAGUUCAUGCUCUCUGCUUUUUUAAAAAGAUAGUAGUGGUGAUGGGGGAUCUUUCUAUGCCAAUUUGAAUAAAUUUCGUACAGCCUGCA